AAAUUCGCAAAUUUUGAAUAUUAACUGGAAUACGCUCUAGUGAGCGCAAAGCAGCUGUCUCACUAUGUGUGUUUGGUCAAUGUUGAUUCUAAUCUGUUUCGUGCAAAGCGUUCAAGCAUAUUUGAUCAACGAGGACAAGAUMAACUGGAAUAAAUAUGAAGUUAUAUAUCCCACAAGACUAGACUCUGAUGGAAAAAGAAGUAACAUAAUUGACAACAUGUUCACUGGCCACAAGGGUCACCACGAUGAGCAAGCUGAACUCGAAGUGAAUGCCUUUGGUAAAAAGCAUGUGUUGAGUCUCACUAAGAACAAGAUUUCAAUCGCUCCUCAAAUGAAGCUCCGCUAUUUUGAUAACGAUGGUAACGAAGUUGUAAAAUCGAUUACCCCAGAGCAAUGUCACUAUCAAGGAAAAGUGGUCGGUUCAAGUGACUCCAUGGUUGCACUCAGCAUGUGUAAAGGACUAAGAGGGUACAUAGAUGAUGGAUCAAAACGAAUCUAUAUUGAGCCAUAUCCACAUAAAAAAGAUGGCGCGCAUAAAGUCUACGAAGUCAAACAAGAAACAGACAAUCAUCGGCAUUGCGGCCACAAGUCUAUUGCAGGCAAUUACAGAAACACUACACAAAGAAUUGGCAAACAGACGUCAAUCAGGCGACGAAGGGAGAUCGAUGAGUUUUACCGAAAAUAUUUAACUGUGGAAGAAACCAGAUAUGUGGAGCUCGUUCUUGUUUCCGACAACGCAUUGUACAAAAACUUUGGAAGCAGCAUUGAGAAUACUACAGAUCGCAUGAUCAUCCUGUCCAACGCUGUUGACACGAUAUAUAGCCGCAUUAAUAUUCGAGUCGUUUUGGUUGGAGUCGAAAUCUGGAGCAACAAAGACAAAGUACCUCGUAAAAGCACAGUUGCUGGACCUCUACUGAAAGACUUUGAAAUAUACCGAAGGGAUGUUCUAAGGACCAAGUUUAAAGGCCAUGAUAACGCCCAACUUAUAUGCAAAGAUGGUUGGGAUGAUGCUGCUGGUCUUGCUCAACUCUUCGCAAUGUGUAAAGAUACCUCUUCCUCCAUUGUAGCGUGGAAUCCCGUUUCUAUCGUUGGUCCUUGGAUUGCAUCUGCACAUGAAAUGGGUCAUAACUUUGGCAUGGACCACGACGAAGAAAUUGGUCACUGUACCUGCUUGACGCCUCGUGGGUGCAUCAUGGGUGGACACAAGACACGAAUCGCAGGGUUUUCUGAUUGCAGUCUUGAGGCUUUGCAAAAACAGGACGACUUUUGUCUUUAUAAUGUACCGUCCAAGGAGCUCAAGCCAAAAUGUGGAAAUGGAGUUGUUGAGGAAGGCGAAGAAUGUGAUUGUGGGAAUGAACAGUUUAAACCAGAAGGUGAGAUAUGCCGAGCUCCCAAAGGAGAAUGYGAUGUUGUAGAAUACUGUAGCGGAACCUCCGGCGAGGUAAUUCAAGGUGUGCCGUACUAUGGUCAAAGUUAUAAGCACGUGUUUAACCCACCCAUCACRUCGCGUUACAUUCGCAUCAAUCCAAGUCAUUGGAAUGACAAGAAGUGCCUUACURCUGAAUUGUACGGUUGUGAUGGCAAAGAAGGGGGCUCUCUGAAGCAUGUURCYAGUGGAAUGUGUGUUCAUCCGUUUAAUGGUGUUCGGCAAGAAGGGACAAAAUGGUGCCUUUAUCCAGAAUGUGACAAAGAAAGACUACGAAUAGAUUUUAUGAAGCAAGAUUGUCUUUUACCACUUGGUAUGGCCAGCGGCAAAAUUCAAGACCAACAAAUUACAGCGUCAUCAUUCCUUGACRAAGAUCAUCGACCCAGGUUUGCUCGACCAAUACCAGGAACCAACAACUCGUGGUGUGGAGAGGGAAGCAAAGAUCAGUAUUUACAAAUAGAUCUGUCAAAGACGAUGACAGUAACAGGAGUACUGAUUGGUGGGCUAUUCUGGAACUAUGUYCAAGGAUACUAUGUGUACUACAGCCAGGACGGUCAGCGRUGGAACGCCUAUACUGAGAUGCCAGACAGCUCAGGAUUCAAUUCAUAUUGUUAUAUGGGAAAAUGUGCCGAUACUCGAAGCACACAAUGUGCCGACCUGUGGGGACCAGGUGCCAAAUCUGCUGACAAGGCAUGCUAUGAYAAGUUCAACAAGGAAGGGAAGCAAUAUGGGACGUGCAAUCCGUCACGUGCUACUAGCUGUAAACCACAAGAUGUUCUUUGCGGUCAACUGCARUGUUUUGACAAGAACAASGAUAAGCCAGUGAUGGACUACGGUACAAAGUACGACAGAGUCAAGAUAUCAGGAGGAAAAAAUUGCAGUGUUGCGUCUUUAAAGAAGUCUGACUUUGUUGGUCUUGGAAUGGUACGAGAAGGAACAAAGUGUACUGCAAACAAGGUUUGUAUUGACUACAAGUGUCAAARUAUAUCAAAGAAAUCAUGUCCAAACGUGAGCGGAAARGAAUGUGCUGGMAACGGRGUAUGUUCUAACAAUGGGACGUGUGUAUGCGACGAAGGCUAUGAUUCUACCUCAUCAUGCUCAAAAGCUGUUUCGCGUGUGGACGGCAAAUGGGGGGCAUGGUCAUCCUGGUCCAAUUGUUCUAGAGUAUGUAACGGUGGUACGCGCAUGCGUUUUCGAUACUGUGACAACCCAAGGACUAAGAAUGGCGGGGAAAUGUGUCCAAACCAACGCAUGAUGGAAGAGGAAUGCAACACAGACGAGUGUCCAGAGACUCAUUCAUGCCGUCAUCUUCAAGAAAUUGGCAAAACCAAGAACAAACCUUAUAAGGACAACAYCUACAAGAUCAAUCCCGACGGAAAAGGCCCUGUGAUGACGUAUUGUGACAUGUCACGUGAUGGUGGUGGCUGGACACUAUUGGUUACGAGUUACACUAACUCAUGGACGAGUGAGACUGUUAAGAAGAAGAACGAGGAGAAGCCGAGUUUGAAGAAGGACUUCUCGAUCUUGUUCAAGGCGGAUGACAUUAAGAACAGUUUAAAAGUGCAGGGAGAUUAYUUUGAGUAUCGAAUCGAGGCUAACAAGUUUGGUCGAUGGGGAGGAGUAUGGAAAGCCCCUCGUAGUUACAGUUUCCUAGCAACCGAUAACAAGCAAACUGACGUUAAGCUGGAAAAGAAGUUUGACGACUGGGAGUACGACUACCUUGGCAUUGAUAAACGAAUGCCAUAUUUGUACAAAGAACGGCUGACUUUAACRCAGAACCCCAAGGAUGUCAUCUAUGGGUCCAUUACAGCAAAUCUAAAGAAAUACCAUCCAGCACCUUGGAUAUAUGGYAAAGAGAAAGAGACCCAACCAGCCUAUAUAUGGUACUGGAUGAGAGAGGGCAGAUAUAAAGAGCCUUCGACGUGUAUGGACAUCUUGACAAGAAGUUUCACUGGAGAAAGGGCUCAAGAUGGAAUUUACACUCUUAAGCUUGGUGACAAACAAGUUGACACAUAUUGUGACAUGUCACGCAACGGAGGUGCCUGGACACUACUAAUGACCAGUGCCUCUCGACGCGGAUGGACAGACACAAAUAUCAAGGAACGAAACGCUAACAAGCCUUCACUGGAUACUGACUUCUCCAUAUUAGGGAUCAGUGAUAAUAUUACAAACGAGCGUGGAUUUCAGUACCGCAUUGAAGCAGACGGUGACGAUAGUUGGGGAGGCAUUUGGGAGGCGCAGAAAGAUUACUCUCUUACAAGCACUUCAGAUCAGCAAACGAACAUCAAGCUUCUACAAAAGUUCGGAGAUUGGGAUGAAAGCGAUAGUAACCUUAACAAACGCGUGCCUUACAUCAAACAAAGCGAUUCAUACACAACGACUGGACAAGGUACCAACACAGAUGGAACGUUGAUUGGUAGCGGAAGUAACGCAAUGUAUAUCGCAAAGAGUAAACCUAAGCCUGGAUUUGUACGCCUUUGGGUAAGGGAAGAUGCAAGUCAUUCAUGUUUUCAAAUAAAAGCCAAAGGARAAAGACAUGGCGGGAACUUCACAGACGGUUUUUAUAUGAUAAAGCUACAAGAAAAUCAGCACUACCUUCCAGUUUAUUGUGAUAUGACGUCGGAUCCUGGGGCMUACACUCUACUCGUUACCAGUGCACACGGUAACUGGCGCGCCAGUGAUGUCAGGCAGAGGAACAUYGACAGACCGUCACUAAGCAACGACUACUCCAUAUUAGGUAAAGCGGAUGGUAUUAAAGCCAUGAGUGCAUCAGAUAAAUUCACGUACAAACUUGAAGCAAAUCGAAGAGGAUCRUGGGGCGGAGUUUGGGAGGCACCAAUGAAAUAUAGCUUUGUCAAGCUUGGUAACACACAAACUGAUGUUAAACUGAUCAAACGACUUGGUAAAUGGAAGACGAACGAUGACAGCAUUCAAAAUAGAAUGCCUUAUUUGGGACAGUCCAAGUCUUUAUUGACAACCGCUGACUAUUCKGAAUGGUAUGCUCCUGGUACGAUCAUCACGGACAACAAAGACCAAAAGCCUGCUAACUGGAUCUACCCUGAUAUGUAUACCCCUGGUGUKAUAUGGUACUGGCUGAAUGAUGAUGACUGCGAUAAAUCCAGGAAACCAGUAAAUGGGGGAGUAUCGGGYUGGAGUAAUUGGAGUAGUUGUGAUCAGCUAUGCAAACCAGGAAAGCAAAGAAGACAAAAACGAUGUGACGAMCCCAAACCGAGGUGUGGCGGUGAUCCUUGUGAUGCAAAGCUAAUGGCAGAAGAAAGUAAAGACUGCAAUGUCUGCCCAGAAAGUCCUAUACGAUCUUCCACCAAAUCAUGCGUUGAACCGGGUGUCUCUGGCUGCAAAUUUGAAGACAAUACAGACCUUGUYUACGGCAGUGGUCCCGCAGACUGCUCCAGACCAAACGCGGCUUUUGUUUAUGCAGAUAAUGGAAUACUAAUGCAUAAAUGUAGUGGGAAGCUCGUCUGUCCAAAAGGUGACGCAAAUAAUGGUGCUAAAUUAGUUCUKUCAUCGAAAUGUGGAGAAGAUCAAGCAAAAUUCAUUAGAACGAGAAAGAAAUCACUUAAACACGAAGCUAGUGGACUUUGUGUCAACCCACAAGGCGGGGUGUCUUCAACAGGCAAAGCAUUGGUGCUCUGGGACGCUUGCGAUGAGCAGAGACUGGUCCACGACUUAUUUAAACUCGUGGAUUAAUCAUUGAAAAAAUGAAGUAGUUGUGAAAAGAAAUUAAAAAGAUGAAAACAAGGGAUUAAAAGCUCAUUUAAUUUACUAAAAACUGUAAAAAAUAACAGUUAAAUUAAAAAAAUGAUAAUUCAUUAUCUUAAAUGUUUUCGUUUUGUUUUUGGACCGGAACAACCAUGAGUAUUAUUGKUCGGUUAUACCAAGCUUAUCAAGAACACAACAGAUGUUUAUUUUUAAUUUUACACCAUUAGAUAUUUAAAUAAAGGUUAUUUMUUAAUUAUAUCGAGAAUAGAAAUAUUGACAAAGGAAAGUAAGACGAUUAAAUGAGACAAUACAUGGUAUAAAGAAAAUAAGUAAGUAAGAUUGCUAUCGAUUCACUGUGUUGUCAG